AUGGCGCACAGCAAACAACUGUCGCCCGAAGAGAUUGCAGACAUAAAGGGCGCCUUCCUGCUAUUCGACCGCAACGGCGACGGCGUCAUUUCGUGCGCAGAGCUCGAGAUGGUGCUGCAUGCUCUCGGAGAAAGCCCCAGCGCCGACGAGAUGGCGCGCAUCGUGCGCCAGGUGGACCGCAACUUCAACGGGAGCAUCGACUUCCAAGAGUUUCUGGCCUUCAUGGUGCGCAAGAUGUCUGUGCGCAUCAGCACACGUGCGGAUGUCCUCAAAGCGUUUCAGGUCUUUGACAGGGACUCCAAUGGAUACAUCACGAAGACCGAGCUGAUACACAUCUUCACUAAAGUUGGGCAGAGUAUGACCCUUGAAGAAGCUGAAAAAGUUAUAGCAGAAGUGGAUGCCGACAAGGAUGGUCGCAUCGACUAUGCGGAAUUUCUCAACAAGGUGAUGCCAGAAGAGAAGGAGGAAGGUGGCUUCAGUAAAAAACAACACAAAUGAAAGUAGCUUUAUA